CUUCCCGGAAAUCCUGGCGCUAAUGGCAUCAUGGGCAUCAAAGGCUUACACGGAGAACCUGGUGAGCGUGGACCACGUGGUUACCCAGGUGAACCGGGAAAACCCGGAGAAACCGGACAGGAAGGCCAGCAAGGAGGCGUUGGAGAAAUUGGACGCAUAGGAGCGUGGGGUCCACGUGGUGAGCAGGAAAAAUUGAGAAUAUUUUCAUUUUCACAAGACUGUUUUUGCUCGAACACGCCUUCAUGGCUGAUUGGCAUCUCACAACGCAAUUGUUACCUGCGCGCAUUAAUCAAAGGUCAAGAAGGUUAUUGCAAAGGUGACACAGCUGGAAACAAAGCAUAA